AUGACAGCUCCUGCGCCAUCAGUCUCAGCGCUGAAGGAUAAGCCCACCAGCAAACUGAAUCACCAGGUUCCCAGGCCUCAGAAUAUUGACAAACUUCGGAAACCAUUCAAAUGUCCGUCGGCGGCUACUGCGGUAUCCGCGACGGAUCGCCCAGCCAGGAAAAAAAGAAAGGUUGAUUAUAGAGGAGCCGAUGAAAACGGACCAACGAGCAUCGAUACAGCAUAUGAUGCUGCUGGUCGCCAAGUAGUGGCAUCGCCCAAGUUCCCAGUCUUUCAAGCCAAAGACAAGAAUGUUGUUUUUCGAAAAGCCUUUUCAAUUCCCCUGAAGGACAAAUCUCAUGUGGCAUUCGAUGUAUCAAGACCACCGCCAACACUUGGUCUGCGACGUGGGGUCGUGUUUGUCCCCAAGCCCCUACAUGAUCCAUCCGGCGAAUUUGCCAUUGUUCUUUAUGACCCAACAGUCGAUGCGAAGCCUGACGCAAUCCCGGAAAACGUGGUGCAAAAAGAGGCGGAGCCCUCGAAAAUCGACAGCCCAAUUGUGCAUAAAAGCCUUGCUGAGAUCCUUGGCAUCAAGAAGGAAGUGGAACAAGAUCACCCAAAAGUGCCGGUUGUCAUUGAUCCUAAGAUUGCUAAAUGCCUCCGCCCUCAUCAGAUUGAAGGAGUCAAGUUCAUGUAUAAAUGUGUUACAGGACUGGUCGACGCAAAAGCUCAGGGAUGCAUCAUGGCUGACGAGAUGGGACUGGGAAAGACGCUUCAGUGCAUUACGCUCAUGUGGACGCUUCUGAAGCAGUCUCCUACCGGCGGGAAAUCGACAAUACAAAAGGCCAUCGUGGUGUGCCCCGCGAGUCUGGUGAAAAACUGGGCAAACGAGUUGACAAAAUGGCUUGGUCCUAAUGCUAUCAAUCCAUUUGCCAUUGAUGGCAAGGCACCAAAGGAAGAAUUGAAACGACAACUUCGUCAGUGGGCAAUCGCCUCUGGCCGAUCCAUCACUCGACCGGUCAUCAUUGUCUCGUACGAGACUCUGCGCCUCAAUGUUGAAGAGCUCAAACACACCAAGAUCGGGCUUCUGUUCUGCGAUGAAGGCCAUCGUUUAAAAAAUGCAGACAGCAAUACAUUCAAUGCUCUAAAUGAUCUGAAUGUCACCAGACGGGUGAUCCUCACCGGUACACCCAUUCAAAAUGAUCUUACGGAAUAUUUUGCCUUGACCAGUUUCGCCAAUCCAGAUCUACUUGGAUCUCGACUGGAGUUCCGAAAGCGCUUUGAGAUACCGAUAUUGCGUGGGCGGGAUGCGGACGCUUCAGAACACGACCGCCAGCGCGGAGACGAAUGUACUGGAGAAUUGCUUAGUAUUGUUAACAAAUUUUUGAUUCGACGAACAAACGACAUCCUCUCCAAAUACCUUCCGGUAAAAUAUGAGCAUGUGGUCUUUUGCAACCUUGCUCCAUUCCAGAUCGACCUCUACAAUUAUUUCAUCACCAGCCCAGAUAUCCGAGCUCUUCUUCGUGGCAAGGGUAGUCAGCCCCUCAAAGCCAUCAACAUUCUCAAAAAGCUCUGCAACCACCCCGACCUCCUGAAUAUUUCAGACGACCUGCCUGGCUCAGAAAAUUGCUUCCCAGAGGACUACGUACGUAAGGAGGCUCGUGGGAGAGAUCGGGAUAUCAAACCCUGGUAUUCGGGAAAGAUGCUGGUCCUCGAUCGAAUGCUUGCUAAGAUUCGAGAAGACACAAAUGACAAGAUUGUCCUCAUUAGCAACUACACGUCUACGUUGGACCUCUUUGAACGUCUUUGCAGAGAACGCCAAUAUGGAUGUCUACGUCUCGAUGGAACCAUGAAUGUGAACAAACGCCAAAAAUUGGUUGAUCGCUUCAACGACCCGAACGGAGACGAAUUCGUCUUUUUGUUGAGCAGCAAGGCGGGGGGCUGUGGAAUCAAUCUCAUUGGAGCAAAUCGCCUUGUCCUUUUUGACCCGGAUUGGAAUCCCGCCGCCGACCAACAAGCCCUGGCCCGAGUGUGGCGAGACGGCCAGAAGAAGGAUUGCUUCGUUUACCGUUUUAUUGCCACUGGCACCAUCGAGGAGAAAAUCUUUCAGAGACAGUCUCACAAGCAAAGCUUAUCAUCAUGCGUAGUAGAUUCUGCUGAAGACGUGGAGCGUCAUUUCUCCCUCGAUAGUCUUAGAGAACUCUUUCAGUAUCGUCCUGAAACGACCAGUGAUACCCACGAUACAUUCAAGUGCAAAAGAUGCAAGCCCGAUGGUCGACAAUUCAUCAAGGCCCCUGCCAUGUUGUAUGGCGAUACAAGCACUUGGAAUCACUUUGUCAACUCUGGGCUGCAGCCGAUUCAAGAUUUGUUGCUUCGGCAAGAACACGGCGGGAGUGAGGUUUCAGCUGUAUUUCAAUACAUAUCGCAUUAG